AUGUCUCAGCAGAAUAUUUUGGCAGCUAGUGUUUCAGCGCUCUCUCUUGAUGACCCUGCUGUGCAUUCAGGUGGAGCUUCCUCUAAGAAAAGCAGAAGACCUCAUAGAGCAUACCACAACUUUUCCUCGGGUACUGUUCCUACCAUGGGUAACUCGCCCUAUACCACACCUCAAUUGAAUCAGCAGGAUGGGUUUCAACAGCCUCCCCAGGCAUUUACCCCGAGACAAUUUGGUGGAGCUGGCUUUAACAAUGGUUCAGGAUCCGUUAUGUCCACACCGGUAAUGGGGAGUCAAGAGCAGUUUGGUGCGAGUGAAGCCUCUUCACCUUACGGUCAGUCCGGUCUUGAUAUGACGAUACCUCAGCCGACUUCGCAUAUUGUCCCAACUCAAAGAUUCGAAGAUCAAGCACAAUAUUUACAGCGAUCUUUUGAAACGUGCAGAGAUUCAGUGCCUCCUUUACCCACAACACAGUUCUAUUGUGUUGACCAAGGUUCAUGCGAUCCGCAUUUAAUGAGUUUGUCCAUGUACAAUAUUCCUGAGAGUGAACAUUUAAGGGGCGCUACCAAACUACCACUUGGAGUAACCAUSCAACCGUUUGCCAGUUUGACAUUAAAUGACUCGGAAGUUCCCACCAUUCCUUUGCCAAUGGAUGGGACACCUUUGCGUUGUAGACGUUGUCGUGCAUAUGCAAAUCCUAAAUUUCAAUUCACUUAUGAUUCGAGUGUUAUUUGUAAUAUUUGUAAAGUUAAGAUGCAAGUUCCGGCAGAACACUCUGCACCCAUGGGUCCCAAUGGUCAAAGAAGCGAUUUGAACGAAAAACUAGAACUAUUACAAGGAACUGUUGAUUUCUUGGUGCCAAGUGUCUACAACGCCAUCCAAGAGAAAGAACCUUUACCAUUACAUUACGUGUUUUUGAUUGAUGUCUCAUUAUUGGCUAAUGAAAACGGAAGUUCUUUAGCCAUGGUCGAAGGUGUUAGAUCUUGUAUUGAAUACAUUGCAGAUUUUCAGCCAAAUUGUGAGGUGGCUUUGAUCGUUUAUGAUAAUAAAUUAAGAUUUUUCAAUCUAAGGCCAGAGUUAGACAAUGCUCAAGAGUACAUCGUCAGUGAACUAGAUGAUGUUUUCUUGCCAUUUUAUACUGGAUUAUUUGUCAAACCUGGUAACUCGAUGAGAAUAAUCAAUGACACUUUGAUAAAAAUCAGUGAUUAUAUCUCUACCGAUAAAUAUAGUCAUGUUCCACAGGUUUGCUACGGCUCUGCCUUACAGGCCGCAAAAUUAGCAUUGGACACAGUAACUGGUGGGCAAGGUGGUAAGAUUAUUUGUUCUUUGAAUAGCUUACCAACAAUUGGUAAUGGUAAUUUAUCAUUGAAAAGGGACAAUGCGCACAUUGCUCAUGUGAAAUGUGAAAAUGGAUUUUACAAGAAAUUAGCUACAGAGUUUUUGAAAUCAUACAUUUCUUUGGAUUUGUAUGUUACCAAUGCCGGGUUUAUUGACAUGGUUACUGUGGGCCACCCAGUAGAGAUGACAUCUGGUAUCUUGAAGUAUUAUCCACAUUUCCAACAAGAAGUGGAUGCAUUUACUUUAGUCAACGACAUGGUGACAAAUGUUUCCAAUAUUGUCGGAUACCAAGCCUUACUGAAGGUCCGCUGUUCCACUGGGUUAUCUGUCGAACAGUAUUAUUGUGACUCGUCCGAAAAUACUGAUCAUGAUCCAAUUAUUCCAGUUUUGACAAGAGAUUCCACAUUAGACGUGUUACUCAAAUAUGACAAUAAAAUCAAAGCAGGAACCGACGUUCAUUUCCAAACGGCUUUACUAUAUACAGACAUCGAUGGUGUUAGGAAAGUUCGUACUAUUAAUACAUCAGGUGCGGUAUCUAAUAAUAUUCGUGAAAUCUUCAAGUUUAUAAACCAGAAUCCUGUUAUGAGAAUAAUGAUCAAAGAUGUUAUUAAGACACUAGGUGACUGUGACUUCGCAAAAAUUAGGAGAUUAAUUGAUGGUAAAAUGGUCGAAAUAUUGACUCAGUAUAGGGGUUUGGUUAGUAGCAAUUCGUCUACACAAUUAAUAUUGCCUGAUUCGAUAAAGACAUUGCCAGCUUAUAUGUUAGCAUUUGAGAAGAGCGAAUUAAUGAAGCCAAACGCCCAAAGUACUCGUGGUAAUGAACGAAUUUACGAUUUAUUAAGAUAUGAUUCAUUGAACUCAGCACAACUUUGCUACAAACUUUAUCCGCAAAUCAUACCAUUCCAUGUAUUAUUAGAAGAAACUGAUCUAACCUUUUAUGAUGCCAACGAUAAAUUAUUACAAACUAAUCCUGAUUCAGUCAAGAAUUUAUCCGUGAGAAGUUCACAUUCCAAUUUCGUUAACGGUGGUUGUUACCUGAUUUUCCAAGGUGACAUCAUUUACCUGUGGUUCAACGAGAAUACCAAUAGAAUGCUGUUGCAAGACUUAUUAUCAGUGGAGGAAUCGUUGCCUAUCAACCAAAUUUCGUUGUUUAGUGGGUCGUUGCCUGAAACGGGCACUGAAAUCAACCAAAAAGCAUCGAAUGUUAUCAAGAACUGGCAACAAACGGUCAACAAGUCGACUCUACCAGUGGUUUUAUUAAGACCCAACGUCGACCAAUACUACAGUAAUGUUAUGAGCCAGCUGCUCUGUGAAGAUAAGACCGUCAAUAGGAUCGAAUCGUAUGACAAUUAUUUGGUGAUAAUGCAUAAAAAAAUUCAAGAUAAACUACAAAAAGACGACUUCAUCAAAGUGUCCACUGCAGCGCAUGAAAACAUUCAUCAAAAGUUUGUACAAUUCUGA